CGCCUGGCCCUCUCUGGCCUGCAGCUUCGGCUCAGGUGACAGGGUGGAGAGAGGAGCAGAGGGGAGGGGACGGGGCGGGCCCGGGCGGACUGGGAAGAGCCCGGCCCACAGUCACUGUCACCCCACUUGUGCUCCUCUCUCCACCGUGUCACCGAGGACCCUUGUCUACGCACCAGGGCACCCGCAGUAGCUACUUUGGCUCUUGGAACACCGCUGUGAGCUAGGCGUCUCGAGUUUAAAAAACUGUUUUAGGAACACAUCUGGUGGUAUAGUUUCAGAAUGUCAAGUACUGUGUCCUUCUGGAUCUUAAGUUCUGCAAGGAACAGCAUUGCCGCAUUGCAAGGGGGCAGACAUUUGUAUGUAAGGUGUGCCUCAAAUGGAAAUAUGUCAAAAUGGAGGCCCUUUUCUCAGGCACCAGCCACCCUAAAAAACCCUGCCUCACGUGGUGGUUUUGCAAUGCAGAAAGCCUACAGACACACAUCGACAGAGGAAGAUGAUUUCCACUUGCAGCUCAGUCCUGAGCAGGUAAACGAAGUACUGAGAGCUGGUGAAUCAGCCCACAAGAUAGUUGACCUCGUCAGUGGAGUCCCAAAUUCAGUGUUGCGGUAUGAGAGCAACCAGCUGGCUGCCAAUUCCCCAGUGGAGGACCGGCGAGGCGUAGCCUCCUGCCUGCAGACCAAUGGGUUGAUGUUUGGCAUCUUUGAUGGACAUGGUGGCCAUGCAUGUGCUCAAGCAGUGAGCGAGAGGCUCUUCUAUUAUGUGGCAGUGUCACUGAUGUCCCAGCAGACCCUGGAGCAGAUGGAGGGAGCGAUGGAAAGCAUGAAGCCCCUGUUGCCCAUCCUGCAGUGGCUCAAACACCCAGGGGCCAGUAUCUACAAGGAUGUCACAUCAGUGCAUCUUGAUCACCUCCGUGUGUACUGGCAGGAGCUGCUUGGCCUGCACGUGGAAAUGGGACUGAGUAUUGAAGAAGCAUUGAUGUACUCCUUCCAGAGACUGGAUUCAGACAUCUCGCUGGAAAUUCAGGCCCCCCUGGAAGAUGAGAUCACAAGGAACCUAUCACUCCAAGUUGCUUUCUCUGGAGCAACAGCUUGUGUGGCCCAUGUUGAUGGAGUUCACUUGCAUGUGGCAAAUGCUGGUGACUGCCGGGCCAUUCUUGGUGUCCAGGAGGACAAUGGCAUGUGGUCUUGUCUGCCUCUCACCCAUGACCAUAAUGCCUGGAACCAGGCUGAGCUGUCACGGCUAAAGGGGGAGCAUCCUGAGUCAGAAGACAGGACAGUCAUCAUGGAUGACAGGCUACUGGGUGUCCUCAUGCCAUGCAGGGCCUUUGGGGAUGUUCAGCUGAAAUGGAGUAAAGAGCUGCAACGCAGCAUCCUGGAGAGAGGCUUUGACACUGAGGCCCUCAACAUUUACCAGUUCACCCCCCCACAUUACCAUACUCCACCCUACCUGACUGCUAAGCCAGAAGUCACAUACCACCGGCUGAGGCCCCAGGAUAAGUUUCUGGUGCUGGCUUCAGAUGGCCUGUGGGAUAUGGUGGGAAAUGAAGAUGUGGUGAGGCUGGUGGUGGAGCACCUGGCUGAAGCAGGUCAGCACAAGCCAAACCUGGUCCAGAGACCUGCCAAGCUGGGACUCAUGCAGAGCCUGCUACUGCACAGGAAAGCCCAGGGGCUCCACGCUGCCGACCACAAUGCGGCCACACACCUGAUCAGACAUGCCAUAGGGAGCAAUGAGUAUGGGGAGAUGGAGCCAGAGCGGCUGACAGCCAUGCUGACAUUGCCAGAGGACUUGGCGAGGAUGUACAGGGAUGAUAUCACUGUCACUGUGGUGUAUUUUAACUCAGACUCAAUUGAUACAUAUUAUAAGGAAAGUUAAGAGUCUCCCAUGCUAUUGCCAUGGUUAAUUUAAAUACUCUUCUAAGACAUUUUCACUUACUCUUAAACUGGCUGAUAUUCAAACCUUACUAUUAAAAGGGCAGGCAGAUACAGUUUGCUUAUUAAUAGACUAACAUGAGGUAAAAAACAGUCUAGGUUUAAAAACAAUAGCAGCGAUUUCAUAUCACCUUCUACUCAGAGAAGGCUGAGCGUAGGGACCACAGAAUUGGCUUGGGUUCAUAAAGCUGAAGUCCUUUGGGCUUAGACACUGUUAAAUGGUGUCAACCUGAGCCUUCAGAGGAUAAAUUUAAUCAUGGUUCUAAGACUGAAGAACUUCAGGAUCCUCUGAGGUCUUGCUAUUAAAUCUGCAAAUUUGACAAUUCUUCCCCAAUUUACAAUCAUGAACUUCUACGCUGUGAAGGGAGGUUUGGUUUUUUGUUUUUAAUUUCCUAAUAUCUGGGUUUACAAAGCACAUUACAGAACACUUUUCUAUGCAAUAUUCUAACUUUUUUGUGAUUAUACUUGUGGAAAUAUUUUGUAAUGCUGCAUUCUCAUUCUGUUUUAGUUUAUUUUAAAACCAAGUCCUCAAACUUGCAAACAGGCAUGCUGUAAGCAUGCUUGGCAUGUCUUGGUUUUCAGCUGUGGAUAACGGGCUAGGCCUCUAGACCAGCAGAAUUUACUUCAGCAGCUUGUUGUCCCCUUCGCUGAGGACUCCACCACUGAGUCCUACCCCCUGGAACCUUUGAGCCAUACCAGGAAGUAACUUCUGUCUAAGGCUUUAACUCCUGGCCUUUCCUGCAUUAAUAAAAUUUCCUCCAGGGUUUAGCCUCUGGGGAUUUAUCAUAGCACUUAACUUUUCCUGAUUAUACCUCUUAAACAUUCUGUUAAUUCCACCUAAUGCUCCUAUUUGUGCUAUGCUCUACUCCCUCACCCUGCUGCUGCAAUACUGGUUGGAAAAAUUGCUCCCUCUUCAAAUGGCCUCAAGGAAGGAGACAAUGUGAUCCUAUAUGGUAGUUGGGACAGAUGUUUAGGUGGGACUGGUUUAUGCUGCCGAUUGUGGACUUAAGAUUCAGCCCAAAUCUGGAGAGGUGAAAACAUGAAGGCCUUAAGAACAGUCACUCACCACGGCUCCCUGUCUGCAUCCUGAGAGGCAGUGGGGAGGAGGGAGGAAGGGGAUUUGUCAAGAUGGGACAGUACUUAUCCCUAGACUGUGGGAUAAGUUGUCACUGCUAUUCCUCAGGAACUAGAAACAUUUAGUAUAGAACUUUGGGCGAAAAUAAAAAUGUAACCUGUAAUUGCUUCUGUGGGCUUCGCAGUCUGUGUUUAUUGGAAAAUUGAACCAUGUGGGUCCUCUUUGGGGGGAUGAAUUUGUGUUCUCAUGAAUUGCUGUGGCAUUUAAACAACAGGAAAUGUGUCCCUAAAUGGAAACACAAAUAUAAUCCCACAAAAUUGACAGUUUUAUCUUCCUGCACUGCAUUAGUUGAUCCCUCUCCUCAUCUCACCCUGCCUGCCACCCACUGAAAGAACCAAAUAAGUAGGUUUGGCUUGCUCACUAUUUUUUUUUUUUUUUGGCUUGCUCACUUUUGUCCAUGUCCAGUGACAUCAUUCAAGUGUUACGAUACUUCUAGCCCGGCAUGGGGAACGUUUCCCUGUACAUUUUCCUGUGUAACUAUUUAGCUAUAUGGCUUCGUCUAAGAAAUUCUCUUUUGAAUGCUAAAGCCUUGGUGUUUUUAUUCUGAAACCAUUAGUAUUCUUUCUGAUCUCCUGGAUCUUAACUCAGAAAUAAAAUGUGAAUCACUACCAUUCCGCUCACAUGAAGACUUGUUGCUAGAGCCAAAGACGGCUGGUCUGACAUCCUUUGUGUCUCAUGACCAGCUAAACCCUGGCAUGCCCCUGGAGCAUUUACCAGGAUCACAGAGUGUCUGAAUCCUGUUUUGAAGCCUAGUGUGGGUUAUAAAUGUAUCUGGCUCAGUAACUUGUGGGACAGCUGAAAAAAUACAGACUUCCCACCUGCUUCUCCAAGCAUAUCUGUGUUUUUCUCUCUGCCUAAUUGAUUUCCUGCUUUCUAAUUGGUAUGAGAAGGAAGAAAGUCUGCUUUUAUUGUCUGCCUUUCUUUACACUGUGAACUUUGUCAGGUCUUUCAUAAAUGCUCCAAGGAGUACCUGCUUCUGGCUAAAUAAAACCCCAUGUGUCUGUCUCCCUGACCACCAUUCCGUUAUCAUUAGCCUUCCUGAGACAUACGGGCUACUGCUUGAAGACAGUGGGAUUUGAGAAGGGAUUGGUGAUAUUCGUCAGGUGUUCCAAAGCAUUUAUCAUUGCUUUUAUGUAAAGGUUUCAAUAUUGAGACAUCUGAAAUGAACUAAAAAAAUGAGAUUGAACUUGGAGUGCUUUGGAUAUAACUUUUGAAUAAAGUAUGCUUUGGUGCUUUAAA